GGUGUGCGCGAGGAAGCCCACCGUGCACACUACCACCAACCUGGUCGAUAACAUUGAUCAACCUUCUGUACCGGGGAUCUACGCAGCUGUCAACGAGGUGAACAAAGAUAAAACAACACAAAACGAAUAGACAACACAAACGUGGUUUCGAUUUUCUGUUCCUCUAAUUUCUAAAAUAUUUGCUAGUUAAAAUCUAAUCAACUUUGAACUUAUUAUUGAAUUCACAAGUUAAAAUCAACCAAAAGGUUGCGGACAGUGACAGACAAACUAAAAGGAAGGACUAAAAACCUUAAAGCAUUCUCUAAAGCAAAAACGAGUCUGCUAAAUAGGAGUCCCGAAACUUUUCCCAUUGUCGCAUCAACCGCAACAAACUUUAAGGUUUUUAACCUCACAAAGUGAGUGCAUCAGGACGACUAGAAUGUCGGGAUCUGAUAAAUCGACCCGAAGACGCAGCGUCAUCCGACAACUGACGGAAGAGGAGAGUUCGGCGACUGGAUGUUGUCCCUUGUGCGACCGACCCGAUGUAGCCGAUAAAUGGAUGGUGCAGUGCGACCUGUGCGAGCGGUGGUUCCACUUCACCUGCGCGAAGGUUGACGAGAAUGUCAAGGAUAGAAGUUUUGCAUGCGGGAAAUGCGCUCUACCAUCCGGUCGGGAAUCUACACGAACUUCUUCCAGUACUAGUUCGUCGAGGAGACGGUUAGAACUCCUUCGAUUGCAGGAGGAAAAGGAGCUCCAAGAGAAGUUAUUGAUGGAGCAAGCGGAGGAGGAAUGCGCUCUGCAAAAGAAGGCACAAGAAGAGGAAAAGGAGAGGAGGAAGAGGAUCAUGCAGGAAAAGUUGGAGAUAGCCAAGCAGUAUUUGAAUAGGAAGUACGAAGUACUGCAGGAGCAGGAGCGAUCGAACGAAGGUAGGAGUCGGAAAAGUCUCUCCAGCACUCGGAGCAAACUCAGCGACGUUCAAAAAUGGGUCGAGAACCACGGUAUGGUCAUGGCAACCGGAUCCGGGAUGAGUCAAGUCCCCAUCGGCACCACACCAAUCACCGAAGCUGGCCCCAGGGAUGAAUCUGCUAGACUUCCGUGUGGCGGGAUAUUUCAAGGCACUGCUGCUCAACCCGAUGUUCCUAAAGAGCCUGUUGCAGUUACUGGCGCGUACGAUCAAAGCAAUAUUGCCUCGUGGGGAAUUCUGGUACCUCGCGCGGUCCAAAAUCCUGAAAAUUCGGUCCCGGCUCCACCACCCCCACCUCCUACUACUUCUAGCACUCCUGUCUAUAUGAGGCAGGGUUCGCGCACCUCCGCUUUUCUCGCCGCAGCCGAUAUAUCUUUGCCCACGUCUGCGCAGCAAGUUGGACAACUGAUGUAUUCAAUGGAGAUAUCGCCACCUCCCAGCGGCGACAAGUCUAGGGCUGACUUAGAACGGGAAGUUCGAGAGCUGAAGCAGCAAUUGGCCAGCAUUCAACAGCCGUCGUCUAAUCAGCGCCAUCCGUUUCCCACUCCGAGUAGCAGCAGUACGUCGGAUGCAGUAACUACUAGCAUAAGUAUCACGACAGGUGCAGGUAUGUUAAACGCGCAAGCUCCGUUACCAACGGUUAGAGAACUAAGUAGGCAGGCACACAAUCCUAUUAGUUAUCCGGUAAGAAAUCAGGCUCAGAAUGUUAGCAUUGCUCAGGGGUUUGUAACAAAUUGUAACACAAUGAACACUGUAGUGAGCUCUAACUCGUUGCCUCACCGAGGCUCGAUAGUUUCGUCAAGUGCUGGGCUAUGGGAUCCUAACUACACCGGUAGCUGUUUCUACCCGGUAGUUUCCGCCAGCCAUUUAUCGCGACAGUACGAACCAAGUGCCGCGCAUGCCGCUGUCCGGCAUUCGUCUUUCCCGUUUGGUGUUCCCACCGGGCAUUCGUCGGGGCAUUACGCACCAAGUCAACCGAAUCCUCGCAAUCAAUAUUCGACAUUUCCGCCUAAUGCUCCCUCCUACCCGUUCGUCGCGAGUGUAUCGAGUGUUCCAAAUCCGAUCGUUACGCCGCUACCGUCAAGCAGAGUCGCUCAUGAUCUUCCAGUCUCAUCGUGUGGACCGAGUUCACAGCAAAUCGCUGCAAGACACGUGGUGCCCAAGGAGCUACCAGAGUUUGCCGGCGACCCCAUAGACUGGCCGCUGUUCGUGAGUAGCUACAACAACUCAACGCGUAUGUGUGGAUAUACCGAUGACGAGAACCUCAUGCGUCUUCAGCGGUGUCUCAAAGGGAAUGCAAAGGAAGCAGUUCGGGGACAUCUCUACCAUCCGUCAUCAGUGCCACAGGUAAUGGCGACCUUGGAAACACUCUACGGUCGCCCUGAAUUGAUAGUUAAGUGCCUGAUGAAUAAAGUGUAUUCAACGCCGGCGCCGAAAGCGGACAAGCUGGAGAGCCUCAUCAGCUUCGGACUCGUCGUUCAGAACCUUUGUAGCCAGCUGCAGUCCAUGGGCAUGGACGCCCAUCUUUCAAACCCUUCGCUACUCCAGGAGUUGGUGGGCAAGUUGCCGGCCAAUAUCAAGCUGGACUGGGCCUUGUACCAACGACAGAUUCCAGUAACAGAUUUGCGGGCGUUUAGCGCGUACAUGACAACAAUUCUGUCUGCGGCCAGCAACGUCACACUUUACGUAGAGCCAGUGCGAAAGCAGGAGAAGUUCAAGGGUAAAGAGAAGGGUUUUGUGAACGCGCAUACGACGGAGCCGGAACGGAAAGUCCAGCGGGACGUCAAGACGGAAGAUGCUGGUGUUAGUACCAUUCGCCAACCGAAGCCGUGUCUACUGUGCAAGAAGGACGGACACAAAGUGCGCGAGUGCAAUAGUUUCAAGAGCUUGUCCCUGGAGAAUCGUUGGAAGACGGCCCAGCAGCUAAGCCUCUGCCGCCGUUGCCUGAUUCCUCACGGUAAGUGGCCGUGCAAGGCUACGGUGUGUGGUGUAAGCAACUGUGAAGAACGCCAUCACAAGCUACUGCACCCGGGAAACCCUCAGGCGCCGACUAUCGAAGCAGUGUCUUCAGCGAGAAGCCAGGUCACACCCACAACAUCUGCGACGGUGAACGUUCAUCGUCAACUUCCGUGUCCGGUGCUAUUCCGGAUUCUUCCAGUUACUCUUCACGGGAAAAACAAGUCAGUCACCACGUUGGCAUUCCUCGACGACGGAUCUUCCUACACACUAAUGGAAAAAGAGUUGGCUGAUGAACUGGACGUUGAAGGUGAAGCCGAACCCCUGUGUUUGCAGUGGACCAGCAGUAUCAAACGAACCGAAAAGGAUUCACAGAACGUACAGUUGGAAAUCUCGGCGGCUGGCAACAGUCAAAAGCACACACUGGAAUACGUGCGGACGGUCGAAAGCUUGGAUCUUCCCCCGCAGUCUUUGCAGUACGAAGAGAUGGCGCGCAGAUACGAUUACCUCAAAGGUCUACCCGUAGACAGUUAUCCUAUCGCUACACCCCGUAUUCUGAUCGGUGUGGACAACGCUAAAUUGCUGCUGACGCUGAAGAAGCGAGAAGGGAAGUACUUCGAACCAGUUGCAGCAAAAACAAGGCUUGGUUGGACCAUCUACGGGAAAGCAGAAGGACUUUCGAGUACACCAGAACAUCGUCUUCUCCACAUCUGCGCUCGCUCAUCCGACGAACAGUUACAUGACGCAGUGAAAAAUUUCUUUUCCAUCGAAAACGUUGGCGUGGCGCUUGUUCCACAAAUCGAAGCUGAAGAAGAUCGGCGAUCGCGUGAGAUUCUCGAGAAAACAACUAUUCGGACAUCAUCCGGGCGCUUCCAAACAGGACUGCUCUGGAAGUUUGACUGCGUUGAAUUUCCUCAAAGCCGAUUCAUGGCUGAAAAGCGACUGUCUUGUCUGGAACGGAGUUUGAGCAAGAAACCGGAGCUGUACGCAAACGUCCGACAGCAGAUCCUCGAUUAUCAAUCGAAGGGCUACGCCCAUAAGCUUACAAAUGAAGAAACCAGCCUCAGUGACCCUAGAAGAGUCUGGUACUUGCCGUUAGGUGUGGUUCAGAACCCGAACAAGCCUGGAAAAGUCCGGGUUGUGUGGGACGCAGCGGCAACUACCGGUGGCGUAUCACUAAACUCCAUGCUACUGAAGGGGCCGGAUCUACUCACAUCGCUACCAUCCGUACUAUUCCGUUUCCGCCAGCGAGAGGUGGCCAUUACGGGUGACAUAAAAGAAAUGUUCCAUCAGAUCCUGAUUCGGCCGGAGGAUCGACAAGCUCAGCGGUUUCUGUGGCGGGACAGUGCAACGGAACCAGUGCAGGAAUACGUGAUGGAUGUUGCAACGUUUGGGUCAACAUGUUCGCCAUGCUCUGCCCAAUACGUAAAAAACAGAAAUGCCGAAGAGUGGAAGCAGGUAUACCCGGACGCGGCCGCGGCUAUCGUGGAGAACACCUACGUAGAUGACUACGCGAACAGUUCAGAUACGGUUGAGGAAGCAGUUCGCAUAGCGCUCGAGGUGAAGGAGAUACACGCAAGUGCUGGUUUCGAGAUUCGGAAUUGGCUUUCAAGCUCCAAACAAGUUCUUCGACGGGUCGGGGAAGAAACAACGCAAGUCUCAAAGUGCUUCAUUGCAGAGAAGUCCACCGGUUCAGAACGGGUACUUGGAAUGGCGUGGCUACCAGAACCCGACGAAUUCACGUUUGCUCUUAAGCUUCGUGAUGAAGUUGUUCAACUGUUGGCGGAAGGAUUCAUUCCGACAAAGCGUCAAGUGCUAAGAGUGGUCAUGAGCAUCUUUGAUCCUCUCGGGCUUGUUGCAGCGUUUGUAGUGCACGGAAAAUGCUUGAUCCAGGACAUUUGGAGAGCGAAAGUGAACUGGGACGAGCGAAUUCCAGAAGAAUUGGUCAUCAAGUGGCGGCGUUGGGUGGAGGUGCUGCAAAACCUUAACCAGGUGAAGAUUCCACGCUGCUAUUUUCCUGGAUACGAUCACCGCAGUUUGAAACGCUUGGAACUUCACGUGUUCGUAGAUGCAAGUGAGGCCGCGUAUGCAUGCGCCGCUUAUUUCCGGAUUGUCGACCGAGGACAGGUACGCUGCGCGCUGGUGUCGGCCAAAACAAAAGUGGCACCUCUAAGUCCAAUGUCGGUGCCUCGUUUGGAACUGCAAGCCGCAGUUAUCGGUGUCCGACUAAUGAAAUCGGUGCAGGAAAACCAUACAUUACCGAUAAGCCGUCGCGUAAUCUGGGGCGACUCUAAAACAGUUCAAUCGUGGCUUCGAUCGGAUCAGCGGAAGUACCGACAAUUUGUGGCGUUCAGGGUCAGCGAGAUUCUGAAUGAGACGAGCCUGGAAGAAUGGAAAUGGGUUCCUACACGACGCAACGUAGCAGAUGAAGCCACCAAGUGGGGCAAAGGACCGAGUUUUCAACCAGACAGUCGAUGGUUUACAGGACCUGAAUUCCUUUACGAGGAUGAAUCUAGAUGGCCAGAACAGGAAUACUCGCCGCCGGAUAUCCAGGAAGAAAUGCGACCAGUCCACGCCCACCACCGUCCAUCUUCGAAUCCAGUGUUCAAUUACCAGCGGUUCUCCAAGUAUCAACGACUUCUACGGACGGUAGGGUAUGUACUGCGCUUCAUUGAUCGUUGUCGUCGAAAGCCUGCAACCGAUUCUUCCGAUACUGGAGUACUGUCGAGAGAGGAGCUGUUGAAGGCGGAACUCGUGCUGUGGCGGUUGGUGCAGAACGAAGAAUAUGCCGAAGAAGUGUCGACGAUUCGCAAGAACAAGGAACGACCGCCAGGAGAAGUCAAAAGGUUGACGAAAAGUAGCCCGUUACGCAAGUUGACGGUUUUUCUCGACGAUAACGGAGUUUUGCGUAUCGAAGGGCGGAUUGAGGCAGCAAAAUUUGUUCCAUACGAGCCCAAGUAUCCCGUGGUGCUCCCAAAACAACACUACGUUACUCGACUGCUCGUCGAUCACUUUCACCGACGGUACGCACAUGGUUACGGAGAAACGGUGAUCAACGAGCUUCGACAGAUCUUCCACAUUCCUGGUUUGAGAACUCUUGUCCGACAGAUUGCCAAUCGUUGCUCAUGGUGUACCGUGUAUCGUGCAGCUCCCCGGUCCCCGCGAAUGGCACCUCUUCCAGCUGCGAGAGUGACCCCGUACGUCCGGCCAUUCACAUUUAUUGGCAUCGACUACUGUGGGCCUUUCCUGAUUCGCAUCGGUAGAAACAACGUGAAGAGAUGGGUGGUACUCAUCACUUGCCUAACUGUACGAGCCGUUCAUCUAGAGAUUGCCUGCAGCUUGUCCAGUGAGUCAUGCAAGAUGGCUAUUAGACGGUUUAUCGCCAGGAGAGGAGCUCCACAGGAGAUCUACAGCGACCAGGGCACAAAUUUUGUUGGAGCAAGCAAAGAGUUACGGGAGGAAAUAGCUGCGGUGAACCGUACGUUGGGCAGAACCUUCACCAACCGUGACACUCAGUGGCGUUUCAACCCCCCGGCCGCCCCCCACAUGGGUGGAGCGUGGGAACGCAUGGUGCGAACCGUGAAAGUUUCGCUACACACGUUGCAGACCAGUAGGACACCAGAUGAGGAGACGUUCCAUACCCUUCUGACUGAAGUGGAAGGUAUAAUCAACUCGCGACCGCUGACAUUUGUUCCGUUAGGAUCAGAGGAAGAAGAAGCUCUUACACCUAACCACUUCCUGAUGCUUAGUUCUAACGGUGUAGUUCAGCCGCCACAGGAACCGGUGACGGAUAGCGGACGAGCACUCAGGGCUAACUGGGAUCUGAUACGAAGUAUGUUGGACCAGUUCUGGACGAAAUGGAUAAAGGGCUACCUGCCCACGAUCUGUCGCCGCUCCAAGUGGUUCGACGAUAUCAAGCCAGUACAAGUAGGAGAUUUAGUGGUGGUGAUUGACGAAGGAACCCGGAACAGCUGGACUCGCGGAAAGGUGGUUAAGGUCUAUCCUGGAAACGAUGGCAGAAUACGAAAAGUGGACGUGCAGACUGCGAAUGGAGUGUUCCAGCGACCGGUUACCAAGGUAGCUGUGCUUGAUGUGGCUGUAGGCGGUAUAGCUGAGCCUGAGGCAGGACAGCAGCAAUACGGGUCGGGGAAUGUGCGCGAGGAAGCCCACCGUGCACACUACCACCAACCUGGUCGAUAA